AUGCUGCCUCCUGAUUGAACAUGGGUGCUUUACAGCCAUUAUCACGCAAUUACAAAAGACUCCCUGCAUAAAGUACACGAUGCAUGGCCCAUUGGGGAUAAACAAUGGCGCAAGAUGCAGCGGCUGCCCCAAUUUCCUAAGCACGUUUCUAACAAAUCGACAGAUUGUCACCAGAGCAUCGAUCGAGUACUUAAUCCAGUGAGCCAGACUUUAUCUAGUGUGCACAUGCCAUUCUGAUUGUGAGAGCUCGCUAGCCAGGUCGAUUGGUAAUCAAGAGCACUCGCCAAGUCGCCAUUGCUGGCAGGGUGUGGGCAGCAGCAGAUGGGGAGGGUACACCCUUGCUGCUCGGAGGAGAAGAAGGUGAGGAAAGGGCUGUGGUCUCCGGAGGAGGACGAGAGGCUCGCCUCCCACAUCGCCCGCUUCGGCGUCAGCUGCUGGAGCUCCAUCCCUGAACUUGCAGGCUUGCAGAGGUGCGGCAAGAGCUGCCGGCUGCGGUGGAUGAACUACCUGCGGCCGGACCUCAAGCGCGGCCGCUUCUCCCAGCAGGAAGAGGACCUCAUCGUUGCUCUCCACAAAGCACUUGGCAACAGCUGGUCCCAGAUCGCGGCGAGGCUGCCCGGGAGGUCGGACAACGAGAUCAAGAACUUCUGGAACGCGCGGCUGCGCAAGAAGCUCCGGCAGAAGGAGGCGUCGUCCACGGCCGGGAGCAAAGAGCCCGCCGCGAGCCACCGCCGCCGCGGCGGCGAGGACGGCGGGAGCGGGACGCAUCCGCCAGCCGUGUUCAACCCACUCCCGGCUCCCGAGAACCGUCCGCGCCCUGCCGGCUAUGUCGCCGCCCCGGCUGCCGCCGGCAGCAGCUACGACAGCGACCCGUCGGCCGCCGCCGGUAGCACCGCGGCGGCGCCAGGUGGUUCUGUUCUUGUGGCCGGGAACGCCGCGGCUGCGGACUCGGUAGCGCCGUCGCCCACGAGCACCGCGAGCGCGUGCACGGAGGCGGGAGGCUGCGACGACGGGUUCCUGAAGGCGAUGGUCGACGACGCGAGCUUCCUGUUCGGGGACUUCUACCUCGACGGCAACCAGGAUGGGCCGAUCAGCUUCUGGGAAGGCCAUGCGUUCAGCUGAUUCCUUUUAUUUUGCUUCUUGUUCUUGUUUUCCUUUCCAGUUUUCGGCUCCAUUUGUUCCUGGGUAACACAAAUUCAAGUUGCUUCAUGUAGCGUAUGUGUGUGUGUCAAAUUAAAUGUGCAAAAACGAAUCAAUGAAAAUAAAACUAAACAAGGA